GACAGAACACGGGUUAUUGAUGGGAUCUAUAAAUUGUUACUUGUAAAGGUUUAACAAGAACAGAGGGAGCCACCUAUGGUUGAGGGUUUGAUUUAUUGCAUACAUUGGACCCAGUUUUCAAAGGAAACAAGACAAGCCAGUACAGUGCAAACCGCAGAACUUUACAGGACAAUUUGUCUUAUUAGGUCAAGUUUUAUAAAGGCUAAAAGGUGACUCGUAAAGAACUGGGCUCCAGACAUGUGUUCCAUCCCUUACAGAAACGAGAUAUGCAGAGGAUCCGUCCGAGGGCGCAUGACAGAGUCGUUUGUAAUGAAAAGGGUCAUGCAGACUUCUCUUGAAAUCAAGGCUGGCGCCAAGAGCCGCGACACGGCGGAUUCCAUGGAACCGACGGAGGCAGUCCCAGUUUUAUCGUCUUAUUUCAUUGAAAGUAUUCUGGCGAAAGGGAAUAAGCAAGGGACCGAGAGAAACAGAGUGAGUGCUAAGGGGCCUGAGCUCCACAUGGAAACGGGGUCGCAAUCACACCUGAAAAGGAUAUGCUACCAUGUGGACAGUGGUAAAAAUUCCCCGUCACACAAGGCCACCUUGCAAGAAUUUCAGGACCAAUUCUCGGAUCCCUUAAAAUCAUACCAGAGGCGCUUUCCCCCGAGUGACAGAUCCCGGGACGGACCGCUGUGUGAUAAGUUGCCGUGUCUGGGGGGCAUUGAGCACCCGUUGCCAAUAAAGGCUGACGCGAAAGAUUUCAGCGAAGACUUGUCCCAGCAAGUCACAACUAGGAACGCGACGGGGAAGGACUGUGAAGUUGACCACCGGGAGAUGAACCGUGUCUCGAGCCCGGACGGAUAUCAUUCUUCCCUGAAGAGAAAGCAGCGUCGGUAUCGAACUACGUUUUCAAAUUUUCAAUUAGAAGAACUUGAAAGGGCUUUUCGAAAGUCGCAUUAUCCAGACGUGUUUUCCAGAGAAGAAUUGGCGAUGCGUUUGGAUCUGACGGAAGCAAGAGUUCAGGUGUGGUUCCAGAAUCGACGAGCUAAGUGGCGUAAGCGUGAGAAAGCCGGGGCGCUAAACUGUGUCCCUGGACUGGCGGUUAGCAACCCGCUCGGCGUGUACUUGGACGUUCCGCUCAACCAGCCCUCGGUGUUGGACCCCACGUGGAGGACAGGCGGAGUGCCCGCCCUGGGGGUUCCACACGCCGCGCCUGUCUUUAACAACGCUUCCUUGGGCCUGGGCAGUCUCACGUGGGCUUCCCUGUUCCGACACCCUCUCCUCCAUCCACACUUCAACAGGUUUAUAACCCUGGUGAAUCCUCUGAGUCACACCGCCGUGCUGACCUCCAAAGCCCCGGCCCCAACCCCAGCCCCGACCUUUGACCCUUCGCUCACGGGGGCUAGCGAGAGGAAGUCGUCCAGCAUCGCCGCGCUGAGGCUCAAGGCCAAAGAGCACUCGGCACACAUCCAGCAGCCGGACUCUUAGUCCAGAGGGGGGGACCCCACACGCCAGAGAGCACUGGGGCGUCGUGGCUUUGGCCUGUGGUAGAUAAACACACACUGUGAAACCGUAAUAAACACACACCUACUGUUCUGCCCAUCUUCCAUCCAAAAAAUGAAUGUUUCAUAGUAGGCACCCUCUAUUAUUAUUAUUAUUAUUAUUAUUAUUAUUAUUAUUAUUAUUAUUAUUAUCAUCAUCCAAAUGUAUUUUUGUAUCAGAAACAGGGUAAUUGGGUGCAACUGAGUGAUCUCCAUACAAUUUGCAGAUACAUGAGAUCAGCUUUAGUAAAUUAUGUGAUCGUUAAAAUGGUUUUUGUUGAAAUGCAGAUGUUCUAACUGUUAAGAAAUCACACCAGUUUUAAUUAAAGUGAAGAUAAUUUAAAAUUAAAGCUAGUGCCUAUGUGUAUUUAAAGGUUGUGUACAGAAUUUUCCAUCUUGAAUAGUCUGAUGUUUGUGAUGCGCUUUGUAUGUUUUAAGACAGUUUUCUUGUGAAAUAUAAGUAUUGCAUUUUGAGAUUUUAGCUGAUUUAUGUUAUCAAAAAUAAAAUUUCUUAUUUAUGACAAGCAA